AUGAUGGCAAGCAGUUAUCAACCAGAUAUCUCUGGUCCACCAGAGAUCUUCCCAGAUGAAAUACAAAUGGAGUCAAUGUUGGGUGAUGGAAGCUUUGGAACAGUAUAUAAAGGUAGAUGUCGUCAGAAGGAUGUGGCUGUAAAGGUCAUGUUGAAACAGGUCGAUGAGAAGACUUUGAAGGACUUUAGAAAGGAGGUUGCUAUCAUGAGCAAGAUAUUCCAUCCAAACAUCGUUCUAUUCCUUGGUGCUUGCACGUCUUUGCCAGGCAAGUUGAUGAUAUGUACAGAGUUGAUGAAGGGCAAUUUGGAGACAUUGUUACUGGAUCCAAAUAUAAAGUUGCCAUUGAUCACUAGAAUGAGGAUGGCCAAGGAUGCAGCACUGGGUGUCCUAUGGCUACAUUCUUCCAAUCCAGUAUUCAUUCACAGAGAUCUAAAGACUAGUAACCUACUUGUCGACUCCAACCUAACACUCAAAGUGUGCGACUUUGGUCUAUCACAGAUCAAACAAAGAGGUGAGAACCUCAAAGAUGGCCAAGAUGGUGCCAAAGGUACCCCAUUAUGGAUGGCACCAGAGGUGUUACAAGGAAAGAUGUUCAAUGAGAAGGCCGAUGUGUAUAGUUUUGGAUUGGUCCUCUGGCAGAUAUACACGAGGAAGGAGUUGUUCCCAGAGUUUGAUAACUUCUACAAGUUUGUGGCGGCCAUCUGCGAUAAGGUCGUCCGACCGCCCAUCCCCGACGAUUGCCCAUUGGCACUGCGACAUCUCAUCCAAAAGUGCUGGGACCCAUCACACGAGGUGCGUCCCGGCUUCAACGAGAUCGUCUCGACGCUCGAGGGCAUCAUCAUCGACUGCGCCAUCCCCGACGAGUACGGCGCAAUCAUGUGGAAGAACCACUUCCGUCAUUCCGACGACGUCACCUGGAAGGACUUUGUCAACAUCUUUGCCAGCUUUGUCGGCCUGACCAACGCGUCGACGCCGUCCAUGUCCGACCUGCUGCAGUUCUCGCCCAACCUCAACGGCUCAACGAUCGAGCUCAACUUCAAGUGUCUCAAGGCCAUCAUUGUCAGUCCGCCCAAAGGUGUCGGUGGCCAAGAAGAAGAAGUCGUCAGCAUGGAGCAGUUUGGUAAAGUCUUGGCAUGGUUUGGUAACUUGAAGGAUGAUGGUUCACAAAUAUUAGAUAAGAUAAGACAAUUGAUGGAAUGUGCAUGGUUCCAUGGAGAUAUAUCAACAUCAGAGAGCGAGAAUAGAUUGCAUAAGAAGACAGAGGGCACCUUUUUGGUUAGGUUCUCAACGAGUGAGCCUGGCGCAUAUACUAUAUCAAAGGUUUCAAAGAAUGGAGUGAUCUCACAUCAGAGGAUACAUCGUCCAGGCGGCAAAUUCCAAGUGAACAACAGCAAGUACCUGAGUGUCAAGGAUCUGAUCUCUGGCGAGGCUCAAGCACUUGGCAUCAACACACCCUGUCUCGGUUCCAGGUUCCUUUCAUUAAUUUAUAAGUCACAGAUCUCUGGAUACAUCAAU